AUGGGGGACCGCGUCCAAUUUGAACCAUGGAGUCGCUUGGAUGGCAAAAUUGUUUUUGUCACAGGUGCAUCUUCUGGGCUUGGCAGAGAGUUUUGCCUAGACCUCGCCAAGGCCGGUUGCAAGGUCGUGGGAGCCGCCCGGAGACUCGAGCCUCUCAAGUCUCUCUGUGACGAAAUCAACCAACUAUUUCCCUCUCCAAGCACGUCAUCUCCGGUUGAGUUGGAUCCUAAUUCUACUCGAGCUGUGGCUGUUGAGCUUGAUGUCACAGCUGAUGCCUCCAACAUUGAAAUGUCAGUGAAAAGAGCUUGGAAUGCAUUUGGACACAUUGAUGCUUUGGUUAACAAUGCUGGUGUAAAAGGUUCGACAAGUUCAUCUCUGGAUCUUACUGAAAAUGAAUGGAAUUCUACCGUGAGAACAAACCUGACUGGCGCUUGGCUAGUGUCCAAGUAUGUUGGUAGGCACAUGCGUGUGGCAGGCAGAGGUGGCUGUAUUGUUAAUGUUUCAUCAAUUGCUGGGCUGAACCGCACGCAAAUGCGCGGUUCUGUUGCCUAUAGUUCUUCAAAAGCCGGCAUGGACUCCAUCACAAGGAUAAUGGCCUUGGAAUUGGGAGGGUACAAAAUCAGGGUGAACUCAAUAAGCCCUGGAAUUUUCAGGUCUCAAAUCACAGAAGAGCUUCUAACAAAGCGUUGGAUUAAUAAUGUGACAGAGAGAACAGUUCCAUUGAGAACCUUUGGCACAUCAGACCCAGCUUUGACAUCACUUGUCCGGUUCUUAAUUCAUGACUCGUCAAGCUAUGUAUCGGGCAAUCAUUUCAUUGUGGAUGCCGGAUAUUCUCUCCCAGGAGUUCCCAUUUUCUCUUCACUUUGAAUUUUUUUGUGUAUAUCAUAAUGUGGUUCUUAAAAAACUUUGAUCCUAAAGUUCAAGAAUUGCAAAGUAAUCAAAUUAGUGCUCACUGCAAGUUGAAUAAUUAAAAAUAAAAA